AUACAAGAAUGGGGACAAGGUAGGGAAGAGGGGUUGGCAGACGAAAACGAAAUGGAAGAUGAAAAUGGUGAAAGACCAAACCCCUCAAUGCUACGCCUUCCAUGGAUGCUUUUGGGAAUAAGCCAAAAACAAAAAUAGGAUCUAGAUCAUCCGCAUACUUGAAUCACACAUCCUGCUGGUUUUCCUGCCUUGCUAAGCAAACUGGUAUAUAUUUUAAUAGCACCCCCAUCACUGUCUUCCCUUACCUUACCAAGAGAGAUGGGAGUACUGAGGUUCUCUUGCCAACUUCAAAUGCAGCCUUGCACCAAACUUCAUGCUCACUCCCCAUAUUUUAAUUUUUAACCCAUUAAUAAAAGGCCCCAUUCCCCUCCAAACACCUCCAGAACAACUCCUCACCUCUGCUUUUCCUCAGCAUUAGGUUUGGCCACCUAGAACAAAUGUUGAAGCAACCUCUUUCUACCCUCCUGCUGAUCUUCUUCCUCCACUGCACCCCAGCUUCUGGUCAGUCUUCAGCACCAGCUCCAGCACCCUCAGGUCCCAUCAACAUCGUCUCAGUUCUCAAAAAGAGUGGUAAAUAUACUACAUUCAUCCGGCUGCUAAAGAGCACCCAGAUUGAUGACCAAAUCAACUCACAACUCAAUGAUUUAAACCAGGGUCUCACUGUAUUUGCACCAACAGAUAGUGCCUUUUCAAACCUCAAACCAGGUAUGCUCAACUCACUCACAGAUCAGCAGAAGUUUCAGCUGGUACAAUUCCAUGUUGUACCUUCUUUCCUUUCUAUCCCACAGUUCCAAACUGUGAGCAACCCGCUGCGUACACAGGCAGGUGGUGGCACUGCCCAAUUCCCACUGAAUAUCACAAUGUCAGGAAAUCAGGUGAACAUGACAACUGGGCGUGUCAAUACAUCAUUGACCAACACAUUAUACACUGACGGUCAGCUGGCUGUCUAUGAAAUCGACCAGGUUCUCCUUGCAGAAGGUCUCUUCAGGCCUCCAGCACCAGCUCCUCCUCCUAAGACUUCCGAUCCUUCGGAUGCUCCUUCAGGAUCGAAUGGCGCUUCUGAUGAUUCUUCUGAUGCAAAGGAUCGGCCCCACUCUGCACAAAAGCUGGUGUCUUUUGGAGUGGCUGUAAUCGUAAUAUUGCACUUAUGGCUAUAAACUUGCGACGUUUUUUGGGGAUGAGGUACCGAUGUUGUGGCUCGUGCUGUCAUGAUUUUCACUUCAUCGAAUCAUUAUCUUCAGUUUGUAACUCAAAUAAGGGAAAAUGGCAUACUGUUUUUUUGUUCAUGAGAAAUUAAUUGAAGAAUUUGAAGACUAAAAUAUGAAGAAUUUGAAGACAAA